AUGUCUGCCGCGCUCUACACCUACACGGGAGUCUGGAUCAACUGGUCCGAGGGCGCGAUUCGGGGAGCCACUCUGACUUUGUCACAGAAAAAUUCCGGAGUCCUGAGCGCCUUCCUCGCUAUGCUGGUCUCACUGGCCGGUAGCCUGUUCUGGGGUAUCUUGGGAUUUGCUCUACAUCAACUAGGAACCACCGAACCCACGCGGCGACGGGAUGCUCUUCACUACCAACGACAGGUGAUCCUGCGCAACAAAGGUGCAGCCGCGGCGGCUUGGGCUCUGAUCACUCUACCAUUCGACUCCGGGCGGACAGCAUCUAAGCUCCGGGCUGUUGGUCGCUCCCUACCCGUCGCAAUCCUGCCCAUCCUCGUUUUGAUCCUGUUCGGUGUAUCCGGGCUGUUCACAAGCUACAUCACCAAGACGGCCGGCCAGUCGACGCUCAUCAUCGGCCCAGGCUGUGGGGGCUAUGAAUUCAACGCCACAGAUGUAACAGUGGCUAAUACCAAGAGUCUGCAAGAUACCUACGACGCGGCCACCUACGUCCGCCGGUGCUACCACGAAGAUGCCAGCCAGCUGGACUGCAGCACCUACGUCCGCCCCAGCAUACCAUUCACCACGAACCCGAAUGCGUCCUGUCCCUACUCUCACGACCUGUGCGCGUACAACGGCCAGUCAGCCCUGCAGAUGGAUACAGGGUUACUCGACUCGCACGAGGACUUCGGCAUAAACGCACCGCCGAGCAAUCGAAUCAAGUACCGACGGGUCACCACUUGCGCCCCGAUUAAGCAUGGGUCCGGGCUAGGGGUCGUUCAGAACGACUCAACCUGGGGUCAGGUCGUGUACAUCCAUGCGGGAGGACAAUAUUACCAGGGACAAGAGUAUCUGAACUUCACAUUCUCCUACACUCCGAUUCCAAGCGUGGAUGGAGUGGGCUACACACUGAGUGCCGUGUUCGCCAAGUCGGACCCCUCGGGCCUUCUGAACGGGCUCGAAUCAUGGAAGCCGGCGGCAGCCAUCAACCGAUCCGACUCGGACAUCACGAUGAUGAUGCUGAACCAGAACAACAUCAACUACCUCCGACCCAGCUACGACCCAUGGAUGACGGCGCUCGAGCAGCAGAACUACACCGUCGACGGGACCAACUAUACGUCGUCAACGUGGACCAAGAGCUACGAGGUGAAUUUGCUGGUCUGCACGGACCAGUACCAGAUCUGCAACCCCAACCGCCCCGGCGAAGCAGGGUGCACGAAGCUCGGCGGGAUCUUGAGCACGUCGCUGUCCAGCUUCAACGUCGACCCGACCAAAUUCCUGGGCUUCAACGUGCACCAGAUCGCGACGAUCGGACGGUUCUUGUCUGGCAACAACGACCGGAGCAUGUUCUCCAACGUGAACGGGCGCGGCGGCGCAGCACUAAACGGUGAGUGCAGCUGCUUCCUCUUCUAG